AUGUGUUCCGCAAGUAGUGCACCGGUCAUCACUACUUCUACCACCGUCCUCGGUGCGUUAGUCGUGCUCCUAGCGCUAACCACCAAUCAUCGUAGCCUUUGCAGUGCAGUCUAUCCGGCCAACAGUACCAGCAGCAGCAGCAACAGCAGCAACAGCAGCAGUAACAGUGAUAGUAACGGCAGCAUCGACAGCACCACACUCUUCUCCAACGAGCUCCCUGUGGCCGUGGAAAACGCUACGCUCAGCCCCACAGCACCGAGCAGUAACCCAGGCAGUGGUGCUGGCCGGGAUUCCAGCGGCAGCACCGGCAGCAGCAGCAGCUACAGCUGGCCACCACCGGAAGCGGGACAGAUACCGUUGGAGCGGCUCCCGUCGAACACCCUGCUCAAGUACACCGCCUACAAGGACGUCUCGAUACUGCACUUCCGCAUUCCGGCCGACACCCGGACGGCCUUCUUUAGCUUUAAGGCGUACGAGGAGUCCAAAGGUGCCUUUCAACGUAACUGCAAACCGAACGACAUUACACUGCACCUGAAGGCGGGCAGCUACCCGGUCAUCAGCCCGGAGAACAUCACCUUCCCGAAGCACUUCCUCGACGCGGAUGAACGAUUCGAAAUACACAGCCUUCAGUUCAAGUCCGACAGCAGCACACGCCGGCUGAGCAUCGAUGGGCCGCAUCCGGGCAAUUGGUUCGCUGUCGCAUUCAUCAGCUGGACCGAUCCGAACAACGAGCGCAUCGAGCAGCAAGGGUUGGCGGCUUCCUGCGAAACACUGCUAAUGUCCGAGAUGGCCGUCGUCAGCAGCAGCCCGCAGAUCCUGCACACGGGCACGCAGCACCCCGGCACGCUGUCUACCGCCAACCGGAGCGAACCGACCACGUACAAGUUCUUCGUCCCGGACUCGGUGGCGAUCGUGACGUGGCGGCUCCAGAUCACGCAUGCCUGCGCCAAUUGCACCGACGUGACGUUCUUCGUGCAGGCCAGCGCCGUGCCGACGGCACGCGACUUCCUCCAGAACGCGAUCAUCCGCCCGAACCAGACCGGUGACGUUAGCAUCGACUUCUACCCUCACGCCGGUGCCUGGCAUUACGUGGACCUGGACUUUGUGCGCGUAGAGAGCUCCAAGAAGAGCGCCCCGGCAAACGGUACGGCGGCCAAAGCGACGGUUGGUCCACCGCCGGCGAAUGGCUCGGAAGACGCUCCGGAUGAGCCGCUCCAGUUUACGAUCGAGCUCAUCUACCACACGCUGGACGAUGGAACCGUGGCGCCCGUUGGGGAGCCCGUCGAGUGGCCCUCGACAACGGUGGACAACGCAACCGGCAGCCAGGCGUGGAGCGACGGGCUGUCGAAAGUGCUGCCGAACCGGAACUUUGACCGCUACCCGGUGCUCCGGCAGACGUACCGGGAGUUCUUCAUGUUCGACUACGACCUGCUGCCGGACGUGAACGGGACGGUGCCGGUGACGCUCAACCUGACGGCCGGUACGCCCGCCCUGAUGAAGUUCGACGUGAACGACGUGUACGACAUCGGCGGUACGCUCAGCUUCGCCGUGGCCAUGCGGCAGGACAUGAAGGGCAGCCUGAUCGACGCACGGCACGAUACGACCAAUGAGCACGCGAGCGUCGUGGCAGAGAAACUGGUCGACGUCCAGGAGGAGUUCAUCCCGGAACUCCCGGUCACGACGGUAGCGACGGCGGCCACCAGCGCUUCAACCAGCACAUCGACCACGCCCGGAACCACCACCACGAGCACUACGGCGACACCCGAGGCUACAACGACAGGCCGGAGCCGGGAAGAGGCCCGGAUACCGACCCCAUCAGCCAGUCCAGCAGCAGCCAACAAGGCCAAUCAAACGGUGAUCGUGUGUCUGCGGCUCGAGGAACCGGGCGUACCGACGUGGCCGGACAAGUGCGCGUACGGGCGACACAUUUACCCGGCAGCGAUCGUGAUCAACAACACGGACGCCGACACCAACACGGGCCUGGUGCACGUGCCGUUCCCGGAGCCCGGCAGCUGGUACGUGACCCUGGGGCUCUUCUGCCACGAACCGGGGGCGACGGUCCUGACGGCGAUCAUCGACAGCGUGAAGGACUUCAUUCGCACGAACCGGGCCGCGCUCGGCGAGAUGCGUGCCCCGUGUCCCUGUGCCGAUCGGCUCGAGUACUACCGGGGAUGCGUGGCGGACGAGCGGUGUCUCGGGGCGCUGAACGAAACGGAGACGCUCAAGGUCAAGGAGUGCCUCAUGGACGCCAAGUGCAGCGGUGGCGCGGCCCAGUCCGAGGAGAUGACGCGCAAGUUCGAGCUGCACCACAAGCACGCGACGGAGCAGAGCGUGGCCGGGAAAGCGGCAACCGGCGGCGGUCAGCGGCGGUCCACCGACGGUACCUGCAACUCGAGCGUGGUCUUUACCAUCUCGUCGAGCCCGUGUGUGGCGGGCCGGUGUGGCCGGUUUGGGCGCUGCUACCAUUACAUGUCCGGCGGGUUCGUCUUCUCGACGUGCCUGUGCCUGCGCAACUACCGCGGCUGGGACUGCACCGAGGACUCGCAGGUACCGUCCAGCGCCUCCAUCCUGCUCGCCUCGCUCAUGCUCACCCUGUCCAAUCUGCUGUUCCUGCCGAGCAUCUACUUCGCGGUGCGCCGCGGCUUCCACAGCGAGGCCAUCAUCUACUUCUUCGCCAUGUUCUUCUCCGCGUUCUACCACGCGUGCGACUCGGGCGAGGAGGAGUUCAGCUUCUGCCUGGUGAAGAUCGGUGUGCUGCAGUUCUGCGACUUCUACUGCGGCCUGCUCGCCAUCUGGGUGACGCUGAUCGCGAUGGCGAACGUGCGGACGCAGCUCGUGUCGCUGCUGCACAUGCUCGGCGCCAUCCUGCUCGCGUUCGGCACCGAGCUGAACAAGCAGUCGCUCUGGGUGUUUCUGGCUCCGGCCCUCACCGGCAUCUGUCUCAUCUCGGUCAGCUGGGGCCUCCGGUGCCGGAAGACGAAGCGCUGCUUCCCGUCCCGGAGCUACCUCGCGCUCUACCUGCCGGUCGGCAGCGUCCUUGUGAUGGUCGGCCUGGUGUGCUUCGCCUUUCUGCAGACGAAGCAAAACUACCACAUCGUCCACUCGAUCUGGCACAUGGUGAUGGCCCUCAGCAUUCUCUGCCUGCUGCCGGACCGUACCACGUUCCAUCCGAAAUGCUAGCAUACGGUCAGCAUCUAUCUGCUCAACUCGGGCUCGCCGUCCUCCACGACGCAAUCCUCGACGGCAUCCUCCGGAUCGUCGUCGUCGUCGUCGGGGGCAGCGGCGGUGGCGGCGGCAGGGGCUACCUCCACCACCACCAGCACGUCGGUGGUGGUGGCGGCGAAAGCCACCGCCGGGAUCGCCGCGGCACCGGACGGACCACCGCGAUCCUGCUCGAUCGCAACCAUCACCGACGAGCGUGGUUCGGUGCGAUCGCCCCAACCGACCGCCACGGUGCCCGAGGAGCAAUAGGAUGCCCAUCAAACCGCUGUCCCCGCUGACCGAUCGCAGAUCGCUCCAAGGCACCGUCCCCCCCUUUGCUCAACUGCACGCGCUUCGAUUGCACAACUUCCGGCACGGCGCAUCGUCUCCAAACUCCUGAUCUCC